CUGAGCACCACUCUGUGGCUCACUCACAUGCUAGGUGCCUCAGGGGGCAAACCGCUGCUCAUGCAUAGACUGACUGUGCACACUGCAUGCUGCUCAUACAGGACUAUCCAAGGCUUCAGAACUCAGCAAAAGAUCCCUUUCCCAGCAUGGAGAACAGGGGUCUCAUGUUUCAUUUCUCAGAGGACACAGUCCUCAAAAUACCAUUCAGUGCCCUCCAAGCCCACCGCACCUGGAUCUCUUCUGCUUGGGAGGACUUCAUCAGGUGCCCCUUGGGAAUUGUCUGCAAGUGCCAUUCUUCACCAGGAUGCUGGUGCCAUUCUGCGGAACAGGAACCUCAGGUGUUACAGCACUUCAUCCACGUCUAAGACCGGGACCCCAGGAGAAAAUAAACUCACAGAGAAGAACCUUGAAGAAUCCAGUGUACCCAGUUCAAACAAGCAAAACCUGGCCUCCCAGGAUAUGAAAAGACUGCUUGCGCUAGCUCAUUCAGAACGAUGGAGACUGUCAGCUGCCAUAGGGUUUCUCACGGUGUCCAGUGUUAUCACUAUGUCUGCACCAUUCUUUUUGGGUAAAGUUAUUGAUGUCAUAUACUCAAACCCAACCGAAGAUAUUACAUCCAGCCUCACAUCUAUCUGUGCCUUGUUGAGUGGUGUCUUCUUGUGUGGAGCUGCUGCCAAUGCUACUCGUGUAUACCUCAUGCAGAUCUCAGGACAGCGUAUUGUACGGAAGCUUCGGUCAUCCCUGUUUGCCUCGGUCCUGAAACAGGAGGUCGGAUUCUUUGAUAAGACACGGACGGGAGAGCUCAUCAACCGUUUGUCUUCAGACAGUGCUCUUCUUGGCCGAUCUGUCACAGAGAACCUAUCUGAUGGUCUUCGAGCUGUGGCUCAGGCCUCUGUUGGAGUGGGGAUGAUGUUUUUUGUCUCGCCUCAACUCGCAGCGUUCGUUUUGAGCAUUGUGCCUCCACUUGCCAUUGUAGCUGUAAUGUAUGGAAGGUACCUUCGAAAACUUUCUAGACAGACUCAGGAUUCACUUGCAGAAACAACUCAGUUAGCUGAAGAGCGCAUCGGUAACGUUAGAACGGUCCGAGCCUUUGGGAAGGAGAUGCUUGAAAUGACAAAAUACAACAGUAAAGUGGACUACGUGCUCAGUUUGGCAAACAAAGAAGCUCUUGCUCGUGCUGGGUUCUUUGGAAUUAGUGGCUUAUCUGGGAACUUGAUUGUACUGGCCGUUCUUUAUAAAGGUGGGAUCUUGGCAGGAGCUGCACACAUGACCGUCGGGGAGCUCUCAUCCUUUCUGAUGUAUGCCUUUUGGGUUGGCAUAAGCAUUGGAGGUCUCAGCUCAUUCUACUCGGAAUUAAUGAAGGGCUUUGGUGCUGGUGGACGCCUUUGGGAACUUCUUGAUAGGAAACCCUGUAUGCCUUUCAACGAGGGUUUGGUAUUGAAUCCGGACGUGUUCAAGGGCUCUCUGCAGUUUCGAGAUGUGAGCUUCAUGUAUCCAAGCCGUCCUGAUGUUUCCAUUUUCUCUGGCCUCAAUCUGUCCAUCCCGUCGGGGUCAGUGAUGGCAGUAGUUGGCCCAAGUGGAUCUGGGAAAUCAACUCUUGUGUCGCUGCUACUAAGGCUGUAUGAUCCUGACUCUGGAUCCAUUUAUAUUGAUGGCCAUGAUGUACGGGAGUUAAAUCCCUUGUGGCUCAGAUCUAAGAUUGGAACCGUAAGCCAGGAACCUGUGCUAUUCUCUUGUUCUAUCUUUGAAAACAUUGCUUACGGAGCAGACGAUCCCUUAGCAGUCACAGAAGACGAAGUACGCAAGGUUGCUGAUAUUGCCAAUGCCCUGGGUUUCAUUGAAGGCUUUCCCAAAGGAUUCAACACUAUUGUGGGUGAAAAAGGAGUACUUCUUUCUGGUGGCCAGAAACAAAGAAUUGCUAUUGCACGGGCAUUGCUUAAGAACCCCAAAAUUCUACUUCUGGAUGAGGCAACAAGUGCGCUGGAUGCUGAAAACGAAUACCUAGUCCAGCAAGCAUUAGAUCGACUAAUGGAAGGGCGGACGGUCCUCAUCAUUGCACAUAGAUUAUCUACCAUCCAAAAUGCCGAUUCUGUUGCCGUCCUUGACCAGGGUCAGAUUGUCGAGAAUGGAAAACACGAAGAACUGCUAAAAAAUAGAGAUGGUGUUUUUAGCAAACUUAUGGAGAAACAAGCAUUUAGCAUGCGAAGCAGGCAUCCUAUUCACAGUGCCCAGUCAUGAUAACUUUUAUAAAGGAGCCAAAACAUGUUGUGGCAAAAAAAUAAUAAAAGCAUAGUAUUUUCUACCAUUUUUUUUAUUAAUCAGAAUUUUUAAGUAUUAAUAAUAUACAUUGUUAUAGCAAUACCUACAUUUAUUUAUGUUCCCCAAGCACAAAAUAGGAUACUUUUCUGUAUGUUGGAUAUACACGCAUUACUGUAUUUAAUAUUGCCUGAUUUAUGGACUACCAUUAAAAUCAAUGCUAAUCAGUACAAUAGGUAGUAUUAUGUACUGUGGAACCUCUGUAAUUUCCAUAUUUUACACCAAUUAUGUGUAUGUAUUAUAAAUUAUAUACAAAAUUAUAAUGUUCUUGGUUGUUUUGGAGGAGAUCAACCAAAUAUGGUCAAUUGGCAACUUACGUUGCAAGGUUCUCCCAAAACAUUAUUUGAUGUUCUACUAUGGUUCUGCUAGUUUCUAGUGAUCAGACACAAAGAUGUUAAUAACAGAUUGCAGUACACUUAAAUUAUUUGUUCUGUAGCUCACGUUUUAUAAGAAGCCUGUGACUAGGAUUCUUUUUUUUGUUAUAUUUAGUGUUUUCCCAAACACUUGGUAUGUGUGGUGCCACUAUUUUUCCCUUGCCCUUAAGUGCCAAUAACUAGAAGUUCAGAUCAGAGAUCUGUUUGUUAAAGACGCCACACAGAUAUAAGGUGAAAGUGUUGUUUUAUCAACAGACAUAUGCUUUUGUUUCAACUUCAGUUUAAAGACUUUCUGAACGGGAGACUAAACUAAGUUGUAGAGUAUUUUCUUAUUAGUUAAAUUUGUACUUUGGAGGUAGUUUGCCUUUUUUGUUUUCUAAAAAUCAAAUUAAUAUUCACUAUAGUGUGGCGCUGCAAUGAAAUUGUGUUCCAUUGGGUAGAUAAAAUAAUCAAAUCAAUGUCACAAGCUUCAGAAUUUUGCUGGUAUAGAGAUGAAAACCAUCAGAUAUUUUCCUCACUGCUUAUUUGAUAUGUUUUAUACAUUCCCCUGAUAAUCCAGGACAGUAUCCCCGUUUGUCAUGUCAUUUAUAUAGAUCCAAAUUUUUAUUUUUAGAUUUUUGGUAUUUAAUAAAAUUGGCCAUUUACAGUUACAAGCUGUUUUAUUAAAUGCCAGAAAGAACAUCC